UUUUACAUCGUCAUUAUUUGGCGCCAAGUGACUGGCUGCUUUCUAACCAGUUUAUUUUUAUUAUUUCAUAAAUUCUCUUUUGUAUUUAUUUAAUAGAUUCAAUCUUUUUAUUAAUUUCAAUUUUGUUCUGUUAUAAAAACAAUAUUUGAAAUAUGAUGGGUUGUGGUCGGAUAUUCAACGCGUUACGUCGAUGCAAGCAGCUGGAAGACGGUGACAACAGCACCCAGCUGGACAGAUGUCUAGGUCUCCUAGACCUGACUGCUCUCGGGGUCGGCAGUACCCUAGGUCUGGGAGUCUACGUGUUGGCGGGAGCGGUCGCAAAGACCGUAGCGGGUCCCGCCGUGUGUAUUAGUUUUCUUGUCGCUGCCGUAGCCUCGGCUUUUGCUGGUGUCUGUUACGCUGAAUUCGCAGCCAGAGUUCCGAAAGCUGGUUCAGCCUACGUGUACAGUUACGUCAGCGUGGGCGAGUUCAUUGCCUUCACGAUCGGAUGGAACCUCAUCCUGGAGUACGUCAUCGGCACAGCCAGUGUGGCUAAAGGCAUGGCCUUGUACAUAGACAGCCUGUGCAACAACUCCAUGGCUAGAGCCAUGACGGAAGCUGCUCCCAUCAAUAUCUCCUUCAUGGCUGACUACCCUGACUUUUUUGCUUUUGCCCUCGUUAUGCUCAUUACUGUUCUUCUGGGCAUUGGUGUGAAGGAGUCAACGAAGCUAAACAACGUGUUCACAGCUUUGAACCUCAUCACCGUCAUCGUUGUCGUCAUUGCUGGAGCCGUCAAGAGCAACCCAGCCAAUUGGAGGAUACCUUUAGAAGAUAUACCAGAUGAAUACAAAAGUCAAGCUGGUGCUGGUGGAUUUGCACCCUGGGGGGUUGCUGGCAUCAUGGCUGGUGCUGCCAAGUGCUUCUUCGGGUUCGUGGGCUUCGACUGUGUGGCUACCACAGGCGAGGAAGCUAAGAACCCCAAGAGAGACAUACCACUGUCCAUUGUGCUAUCCCUGGUGGUGAUCUUCGUGUCCUACUUCAGUAUUGCUACGGUGCUGACUAUGAUGCUGCCGUACUACCUUCAGGACGCAGAUGCUCCUUUCCCUCACGUGUUUACUGAAGCCAACUUACCAGUCAUCAAAUGGAUCGUCACCAUCGGAGCUAUCUUCGCUCUUUGCACCAGUUUGCUCGGAGCCAUGUUCCCCUUGCCCAGGGUUUUGUAUGCCAUGGGCAGUGAUGGCGUGCUGUUCAGACCUCUCGCUGCUAUCAACAAGAGGACCCAGACACCAGUGAUGGCUACCAUUUUGAGUGGGCUGUUGGCAGCUAUAAUGGCGGCCCUGUUCAACUUGAACCAGUUGAUCGACAUGAUGUCCAUCGGAACACUCCUGGCUUACACCAUCGUCGCUACCAGUGUGCUUAUUCUUAGAUACGAGGAAGAAUCUACAAUCCAGUUGCAUGCCACGAAGCCGGCCCCAGAGACCCCAUUCAGCGUGUUCAAGCAGCUGUUUAACCUGCUGGGACUCAAGUACCCCACACAGCUCUCCUAUGUCAUCGCUAAAUGCACUAUUAUGAUAUUCUUCGUGGUGGCGCUGGCAACGUGCGCGCUGCUCCGCUGGGAGCAGGCGGAGGCGGCGCUGGGCGUGCUCGGCGCCGCGCUGCUCGUGCUGCUCGUCGUGCUCUACCGACAGCCACGGAACAACGUCGAGAACCUCUCCUUCACGGUGCCGCUGGUGCCCCUAGUACCAUACUUGAGCGUGUGCAUGAACGUGUACCUGAUGGUGCAGCUGGACUACCAGACCUGGGUGCGGUUCAUCAUAUGGCUCGCUAUUGGGUACAUGAUCUACUUCUUCUACGGCAUCAGGAACAGUUCUCUCAAUGUCAAGAACGAACCGCAGACCAACGGAGUGAUAGAAGAGAAGCGCCAAGUCGUCACCACCAAGUUCUAACAGACUGACCAUACUAGCCAUAACUGUGUACGUACAAUACUUAGUUCUCUGUGCUUAUUUAUAUUUCGGAAAAGCCGGGACGCAUUUUCUGAUCUGCUGGUAGAUGUAAAGAC